AUGAAUCCAUAUGAAAAAAUCAAAUAAGAUUUGGACAUAAAAAUGUUAAAUUAGAGAUAAAAUAUUCUAAGAGUCUUGAAUGGAUAGUAAAAGGUUUUUAAUGCAAAGGAAAUUAUAGAUGCUUAUACGUAAUAUAUAUUUUAUUUAAAUUAGAGAUAUAUACAAUUAUAUAAUUCAAGGAGAAUAAUAAGGAAAAAAAAUGUACGAACUUUUUAAACAUUAUAAUGAAAAUUUUCUAAAAGAAUCAGAAGAAAUUGUAAGAAAGAGUUAUGGAACUGAAAAUUUUUUAGCAGAAAUUCUUAAUCAACAUUAGAUUUAUGAAUAUCAUACUCGAAUACUUAAAAACUAUUUUAUUUAUUUAGAUCGUUCAUUGGUUUAAGCCUCCAAUAAUUUUAAUUAAUAUCCUCUUUUGAAUUUAUAGGCAAAAUAAUAAUAUUAUACAUUAUUUUAUAGAAAAUUGUUUAAUAACAUAAAGGAAGAAUUCAAAAAUAAAUUAAAGUAAGAUCGAAUUCAAUAUGAUAAAGAAGUAUAAUUACUAUUACAAAGAGUCUAUAAAAUAAUUUAUGAAAUGAAAACCAUUCCUUAAGAUAAAGAUAAUAGAGAAUUAAUUUAAGAUGAAAUAAAAGAGGAAAGCAAAAAUUAUUAUUAAUUAUAUUAUAGCAACAUUAAAUAACAAUCCUUUUUAGAUUAAUUUAAAUCAUUAGUAUAAUUUAAAGAAGAAGAAUUAAGUAGAAUUAAGUUAGUUUUUGGGCAAAAUGAACUUUAAAAAGAUUUGUUUGAUAUAUUUAAUUAAAAUAUUAUUGAUAAUUAUGCAAUGGAUUUAAGUUAAGAAAAUAAUGACACUUUAAAAUAUAUUAUCGUUUAGGAUUACUUUUAAGUAUAAUUUUAUUAUUAUAUAGGAAUUUAGUUAAAUGGUUUAAUUUUUUGAUCAUUUCAAUAGCAACACACAUAUUUUAGUUUAAAAAUUUUAAAACAUUAUAAUUUAAUAAGGUAGUCAAAUCAAUUAAGAACUAUAACAUGAAAUAGCUGAAUAGAAAAAAAAAUAAUUUUAGGAGAAAGAACAAGUAAUACAAAUUUAAAUUUUAUUAGUAAUAUAAAUAUUUGGAUCAAUUAAUUUAUUUAUAACAAUCUUAUAAGAGUUUAAUCUUUUAUUAUGCUGAAAAUAAUAAAAUUUUGCUUUCAAAUUUGAAUUCAGCUUUCUAAAAAAUAACAGCAUAAGUUGAUUAAUAUUUUAUAAUGCAAUAGCUUUUACAAGGACUUGAUUCAUUUUAUAAAAAUAAACUAAUAAAUUUUGAAGAAGAAAAAUAAUUAAGUUAAUUUAUUCAAAUUUUAGAAUGUUUUUAAGAAAAAGAUUUAUUUUUAAAAAAUUUCUAUUAUAGAUUAGCAUAAAGAAUAUUGACUUAAUUUAAUUAUCAUUCAGAUAUUGACAAAUAAAUUAUUGAUCAAUUUCGUAAGACUUUUGGUCCACAGCAUACAGAAAAUUUAGCGAGCAUGAUGAAAGAUCAUGAAUAAUCCAUAUAUGAAGCAAAUAUAACUUUUAAUGAAAUUGAAAUUUAAGCUAGAAUUUUAUAAAAGGUAUGUUGGCCUGAAAUACAACCAUACUUGAGUUUAGAUAAAAUUUUAAUUUUUUAAUAAUUAAAAUCUGCAUUUAAAUAAAAAUUUAAUUCUUAACAAGAAAAGAAUAAAUUGUAUGAUAUUUAAACUACUUUUACAUAGAGUUGAUCUUUUUUGGCAAGACUAGAUCUCAAUGAUAGAAAUAUAGUUUAAAACUAAUAAGGAUUACAGAGUUACAAUCGGAGUUGUUUGUGGUGCAAUUUUAUUAGAGUUUAAUGAGAAAAAUCUACCAUAAACAAUUGAAUAAUUAUAAGUAAAUAUAUAAAUUCUAAAAUAAAGGAAAAAAUUUAAGUUAAUUAAUAAUUUUUAGUAAAUUAAAUCAAUUUAUUAGAAAAGGUAAAAUUAAUAAUUAAAGAGGGUUAAGCUUAUAAAUUUAAUGAAGAAUUUUCAUAUAAAACCUAAAAAAUCAAAUUAAGUAUUGUUUUAGAUUAAUAUAUUGAAUAUCAAUGUAUAUAAAAUGAAUAUGAACUUAAUAGAAGAGUAUGUUGAAAAUGAUAGAAAGAAUGCCCUUUAAGCUGCAAUAAUUCGUAUAAUGAAGGCGAAAAGGAUUUAUUCCUUUUAAUAGUUAAUUAUCUCAGUAAAAGAAUAAUUAAAGAUGUUUAAACCAUUAGAAAAAGAUAUCAAGCAGGGUAUAGAGAUAUUAAUGGAUUAAGAAUAUUUAAAAAGAAACCUAUUAAACAUAAAUGAGUUGAUAUAUGUUAGUUGA